AUGAUGGCACUGACCAGUGUCAGCUGGAGUGAGAUCUUUGCAGAGAAGGUGGUCCAGGCCAUCCUGAGUUGUGGCUACGAGCAAUUCUGCUUCCGGCCUAUCACCUCGGCACUUCUUCAGGAGCUCGUCCUGUUCUGUGCAUUUCUGUCUUGGUCGUUCGGAUUCUGGCUCUGGGAGCCACACAAAACGGCAUGGACGGUGAUAUUUGCCAUACUGGUGAAUGAGACCAUCACGAUAGCUUGGUGGAUGAGAGGUCAUUUCUGCUAUGGCUGGACGCUGAAGCAGUUCUUCCUUCAUCCCAUGGCUGGGUUUCGGAUUAUCCAGCUCUACCUCUUGUGGUGGCUGCUUUGGAGGACAUUCUUCGGGUAUGACCUGGAUCACACCUGGAGGAAUGACGAAGACUUGACAGGCAACAAGCGGACCUUUGAGCGCAGCUUGCUUGGAGCGAACUUGCUCUUGCAAUGCUUCUUGUUCAUCUUCCUGGCCAAAGGUGCGUCCCCUCGACUGGAAUUUGGUCGACACCUUCUGGCCAUUCUUCACUCGUUCCUCAGGUUGGGAGUGAUCUUUACGGUCUUGAUCUUGGUCUUCGCAAGUUUCACAUCUGCGUACAUCGUCAUGGGUUCCAAGCUGCCGCUGCGGGCUCUCAUCGAGAAGGUUUAUCGCGGCCUCUUCUUGGCUGAUGGCGAGGGACUCGAUGUCAUGGAGGGCGAACUUCAUGAUGGAGAGCUGCAGCCAAACAACCUCGACACCUACCUCACCUUGUUCUCCACGUUCAUUGUGACCAUAUGCCUGCUCAAUGUCUCCAUUGCAGUGUUCACUAUGGAGUACGAGGCCGCAAUUAAGGAAUCCUGGCUUCACUUCUGGCGCUGGCGGGCGCGCCUCUGCGCUGAGGUCCUUCUUUGCCCGCGCUGGCCGUGGAAAUUCGAAGCGAAAGGUGCUUUGUGCCCAGAGCGGCGGCGCAUGGCCGAAUGGUUGGAGUGGGCCGUGAAGAAGCUGAAAGACGAGGCGAUGCCCAUCAUCCACGGCAGCCGGCUUUGCCAAAGGACUUUUAACUUUUGCGGCUACCGGAUGAACUGGGAGCUCCUGUUGGAUGAUGGGGAUCUUGCGCAGAAGGACAAUGAUGCAGACUAUGUCAGAAUGGUGGGCUGGCUGACCUUGGUUGGCCUAACCCUCUUGGGUUGCUUGCUCUUCUGCACCUGGUUCUUGCAUGCUGUCUUUCCCGGCUUGGCCUUUGGCUUGGCCCUAACAGUGCUCAAGUCGAUGUGCGCAAGAGGCCCUUACGGGCUGACGUCUCCAGGCUUUGGAGAACUGGGAUGUGAGGAUGAUGACGAGGAGGAGGAGCAACGCCGACAUCCGACCGACCGCUCCCACUUUUUGUGGGUUUGCUAUCGUGCGGACUACGAUGCGAAUGUUUUCAUGAACAAAGAGGUCCACAAGGAACACUUGGACCAACUGGAGUCAAGACUGAGCACCGUGUCACAAAGCGUGGAGAAGUGGGGCGAAGAGGUCACGAACAUCGCACAGAUCCUGAGCAGUUUGAACGACUCGGUCAAGCGCUUGGAAACCCGGAUCAGCAGCACGCCGCAGGCAGCUUUUACCCCGAUGAGCGCAGUGCUCGAGCCUGGAAGCCUCGCACGUGCCUCCUCCGUGCCACACGGCUUGCGCAGGACUGCCCUCCGCCGGAUGGGCAGCAUGCCAAGCAGCCAUGGCGAUGGCAGCAGCCCGGUGGACCCCUCCUUUGCCCCGAUCUUUGGGACAGGGUCCACAGGCUCGGUGCUCGGAAGAAGGGAACGUGCUGUUGUGACGGCGAGAGUGGGGGACCCUGGCAGGACCAUGGUGACCCUGGAAGGGGCCUGGGCUUGGAGGGUCUUUCGACAUGAAGGCCUCGGCCAUGUGGCCAACGCUGACGGACUUGUAGCCGGUAACAUGUAG